UACCUCCCAUACAUUUAGUACAGUGACAUACAUUUAAUACUUUUAUUCCACAAUCCACAAUUUAAAAUGUGAUUCUGCCGAACAAAUUUGUUUCUUUCGAUAAAACUAGCCGAAAUAUUUAACUGAAAAUUCCACGCCCGGAAUACAUUCACUUUCUCAAGUAAAAAAAUCAACUUUUUAAGUCCUCCGCUCUACGAUCCCGUGUGUUUUCGGGAGUUACGAACAUUUAACCUCAAAACCAUGGCCAGGAAUGCUAACAAAGUAGGAAUUGUUUCAGCUCAGUUUUGUUAUAUGUAGUGGUUUUGUCCUUUGAGCCCAGAAUUCCAGAAUUUCCAGAAAGCACGACCACUUGAGUAUUUUCAUGUUCAAUUUUUUCAAGUUUCUCUGAGUCUCAUCUUCAGAGUAGGAAAUACUUAGCAAGAACUACAAAGUAAAUCGUCCAAACUACAAACUGAAGGGAAAUACUUAGCAAUAAUUAAAACAGUAAAUCGUCCAAACUACUAACAGAAGUGUCUUCAUCAUGAGUGUGUGCAACAAUCCAGCUGAUGGCUUAUGAUAUAUUGUGUCAUUAGUCAUAAAGCUUUGACAAUCGAACGCAGUUGAGAAGUUUUCUCAGCAGUAUGCCUUACUGGUAUUAUGAAAAAAAGGAGCUAAAAGAUACUCCUUCGUUCCAUGAUGGCAUUGACUUUGAAACAGAAAGUCGGUAUAGGAAAGAAGGAGCCAGGUUCAUCAUCGACACAGGAACAAAAAUGGACUUAGGAUAUAAUACGAUGGCUACUGGCGUCGUGUACUUUCAUCGUUUUUAUAUGUAUCAUUCCUUCAAAACAUUUCCAAGAUAUGUUACAGCAUGUUGCUGUUUAUUUCUAGCUGGUAAAGUUGAAGAAACUCCCAAGAAGUGCAAAGACAUCAUUAAAAUAGCUAGCGAGCUGCUUAGUAAAAACAAAUUUCAGACAUUUGGUGAUGAUCCUAAAGAAGAAGUAAUGACACUCGAAAGAAUUCUUCUCCAAACGAUUAAAUUUGACCUCCAAAUAGAACAUCCAUACAGUUUUUUGUUGAAGUAUGCCAAGUGUUUAAAAGGAGACAAGGCGAAAUUAGAAAAAAUGUUGCAAAUGGCGUGGACUUUUGUAAAUGAUAGUUUAUGCACAACUUUGUCUCUGCAAUGGGAGCCAGAAGUUAUUGCUGUUGCUUUAAUGUACCUAGCAGGGAAAUUAAGCAAAUUCGAAGUGGUUGAUUGGGCAGGACGACAACCGAAUCACCUUCGUUGGUGGGAUAUGUUCGUUGAGGGAGUCACAAUGGACCUUUUGGAGGAUAUUUGCCACCAAGUCUUAGAUUUGUAUUCACAACCUCAGCAACCGAAUUCUCCUGAUUCUCCACCAAUGUCUCUGACGUCCAGUACUAAAAGAGAGCUCAAAUCCGUUCCAAUCGUAGCUCAACCCAUAGCUCGUUUAUCUCCGGUAAAGCCUAUCCAACCAAUAGUGACAGGGGCCAAGCUAAAGACUGAUUUGAAAUCACAAACAGAUGGUCCUGGCCUUCCGCCAACUUCAGUGGACGUAGUGCCCAGCCAGUACAGUUACCCUCCCGGAGUGACUUCAUACACUAACAGCUCAUUUUCUGCUCAACCUUUUCCACAAAAUGUACCUCUCCAGUCAACCUCUAACUCCUCUAGUUAUCCUCCUUCCUACCCACCCUCAUAUCCUCCUGCUCAAGCAAACUCACAAUACCUACCUCCCUCUAAAUCUCACCACCCACAACCACAACAACCUCCUUCUUCUCAAUUUUAUCCUGCCUCUCAGUCAUCUUUCUCCUCGAGCUACCAACCGCAGUAGGUCCUUGACUCAAUCAGACCGAGAAGUUUUAUCUAUGAUUUCAAUUUUAUAUCUUUUCCAAUUUGAAUAAAAAAUUACAAGGAAGUCUC